AUGUCUGAUAGCCACGAGACUGACAGGAACAUUGAGAUUUGGAAGAUUAAGAAGCUGAUCAAGGCAUUGGAGUCAGCCAGAGGCAAUGGCACAAGCAUGAUCUCUCUAAUCAUGCCUCCACGUGAUCAGAUUGCUCGAGUGGCUAAGAUGUUAGGUGAUGAAUAUGGAACUGCAUCAAACAUCAAGAGUAGAGUUAAUCGCCAGUCUGUGUUGGGUGCCAUCACCUCAGCUCAGCAGAGGUUGAAGCUCUACAACAAAGUGCCUCCUAAUGGAUUGGUUCUGUACACUGGAACUAUUGUUACUGAAGACGGAAAGGAAAAGAAAGUUACUAUUGAUUUUGAGCCCUUCAAGCCUAUCAACGUGUCGCUCUACCUUUGUGACAACAAGUUCCACACUGAGGCUCUAAAUGAGCUCUUGGAAUCUGAUGACAAGUUUGGAUUCAUUGUCAUGGAUGGUAAUGGUACUCUUUUUGGCACACUAAGUGGCAAUACCCGUGAAGUGCUUCACAAAUUCACUGUUGACCUCCCAAAGAAGCAUGGUAGAGGAGGACAGUCUGCUCUCCGUUUUGCUCGGCUUCGGAUGGAGAAACGCCAUAACUAUGUCCGCAAAACUGCUGAACUUGCUACCCAGUUUUUCAUCAAUCCAGCUACAAGUCAGCCUAAUGUUGCAGGGUUGAUUCUUGCUGGUUCUGCUGAUUUUAAGACUGAGCUAAGCCAAUCUGACAUGUUCGAUCAGCGACUCCAAGCCAAGAUACUCAAUGUGGUUGAUGUUUCUUAUGGCGGUGAGAAUGGUUUCAACCAAGCUAUUGAGUUGUCUGCUGAAAUUCUUGCAAAUGUGAAGUUCAUUCAAGAGAAGAAGUUAAUUGGCAAGUAUUUUGAAGAGAUCAGUCAGGAUACUGGGAAAUAUGUUUUUGGUGUGGAUGACACCCUAAAGGCUCUUGAAAUGGGUGCUGUUGAGACCCUGAUAGUGUGGGAAAAUCUGGACAUCAACAGAUAUACGCUCAAGAACAGUUCUACUGGGGAAAUUACUAUAAAACAUCUGAACAAAGAGCAGGAAGCUGAUCAGAGCAAUUUCCGUGACCCAUCCACCAAUACGGAUCUUGAAGUUCAGGAAAAGAUGUCUCUCUUGGAAUGGUUUGCCAAUGAAUACAAGAAGUUUGGUUGCUCGCUGGAGUUUGUGACCAACAAGUCUCAGGAGGGAUCACAGUUCUGUAGAGGAUUUGGUGGCAUUGGUGGCAUGUUGCGCUACCAGCUGGAUAUCCGUUCUUUUGAUGAGCUUUCUGACGACGACGAUGUGUAUGAAGACUCUGAUUAG